GAAUGCUUGUGAUUGGUAAGCUUUGCAAAUGCAUCUGCCAGCAGGACUUCAGUGGAAUGUGAAACCAAAUCAUUUACAAGUUAAAGAUAGACACAGAGAACGCAGCAUCUUGAGCCAGGGUUUAAAUUCAGUGUCUCUCAGCCUUCUGGUUUGAGAACUUGCUGUUUUACCUCAUCAAGGAUUUUACUAGUAUUUCUUCAGACAAUACAAGAACCCUUAGGGGUCUGGAAUUAUUAGGGUGUCAAAAGACCAUGGUUCGUGCUGCAGGAAUGAUUGAAGACUGUGGGAAAAGGGGAACUACCAUGGCAGAAAGGAGGCAGCUGUUUGCAGAAAUGCGGGCUCAAGAUCUGGAUCGUAUCCGUUUAUCCACGUACAGAACUGCAUGCAAGCUUAGAUUUGUACAGAAGAAAUGUAACUUGCACCUAGUGGACAUUUGGAAUGUAAUAGAAGCACUGCGGGAAAAUUCUCUGAACAACUUGGAUCCGAACAUAGAACUGAACGUAGCUCGGUUGGAAGCUGUAUUAUCCACAGUAUUUUACCAACUCAACAAACGCAUGCCAACAACCCACCAGAUCAACGUAGAGCAAUCUAUCAGUUUGCUACUCAACUUCUUGCUGGCAGCUUUUGAUCCAGAAGGACAUGGAAAAAUUUCUGUGUUUGCUGUCAAAAUGGCUUUGGCAACACUUUGUGGGGGAAAGAUCAUGGAUAAAUUAAGAUAUAUUUUCUCCAUGAUUUCAGACAACAGUGGUGUAAUGGUUUAUGGAAGAUAUGACAUGUUUCUACGAGAAGUUCUUAAGCUUCCCACUGCAGUAUUUGAAGGUCCUUCUUUUGGCUACACAGAACAAUCGGCAAAAUCCUGUUUUUCUCAGCAGAAAAAAGUCACACUGAAUGCUUUCUUGGACACUCUUAUGUCUGAUCCUCCUCCACAGUGUCUGGUAUGGUUACCACUCCUGCAUCGGUUGGCAAAUGUUGAGAAUGUCUUCCACCCUGUUGAGUGUUCCUACUGCCACAGUGAGAGCAUGAUGGGAUUUCGCUAUCGAUGCCAACAGUGUCACAAUUACCAGCUCUGUCAGGAUUGCUUCUGGAGGGGACAUGCCAGUGGUUCCCAUAGUAACCAGCAUCAAAUGAAAGAAUACACAUCAUGGAAAUCACCUGCUAAGAAGUUAACGAAUGCACUUAGCAAGUCUUUAAGCUGUGCUUCCAGCCGUGAGCCUUUGCACCCAAUGUUUCCAGACCAGCCUGAAAAACCUCUAAACUUGGCUCAUAUUGUGGAUACCUGGCCUCCCAGACCAGUGACGAGUAUGAAUGAUACACUGUUCUCCCAUUCUGUUCCCUCAGGAAGUCCUUUUACAAACAGAAGGUUACUUGAGAGUAUAAAUGUAGUGAUUCCUGAGAUUGAUGAGCAUUCUCUUAUAAAGCUGUAUGUAAAUCAGCUUCAUAAGAAUUCACGGUUACAGUAUAGCCUCGAUGUUGCAGACAGGCUGGCUGAUGAACAUGUUCUCAUUGGGUUGUAUGUCAACAUGCUCCAGAACAACCCCUCACGUUUGAUGGACAGUCCAAACCGUCUAGAUGAAGAGCACAGACUGAUCGCAAGGUAUGCAGCAAGACUGGCAGCAGAGACUACUUCAUCACAACAGCAGCAACAGCAGCAGCAGCAACAGCAGAGAGGUGCUCCAGAUAUCUCGUUCUCCAUUGAUGCAAAUAAGCAACAAAGACAGCUUAUUGCAGAACUUGAAAAUAAAAACAGAGAAAUCUUACAAGAGAUUCACAGGCUACGACUUGAACAUGAGCAGGCAUCUCAGCCCACUCCAGAGAAGGCAGCCCAAAAUCCUACUCUCCUGGCAGAACUCCGGCUCCUUAGACAGAGGAAGGAUGAGUUGGAACAGAGGAUGUCUGCUCUACAGGAAAGCCGGAGAGAGCUCAUGGUUCAGUUAGAAGGCCUCAUGAAAUUGCUCAAGGAAGAAGAACUGAAGCAGGGAACCCAAGGAGCAGGCUCCCCUCGUUCUUCUCCCAGCCACACUAUCAGUCGGCCUAUUCCUAUGCCCAUCAGAUCUGCAUCUGCUUGCUCUACUCCAGCCCACACACCUCAAGACUCUCUGACAGGUGUGGGAGGAGAUGUGCAGGAAGCUUUUGCACAAGGCACAAGAAGAAAUUUAAGAAAUGACUUACUGGUAGCAGCAGAUUCUAUUACCAAUACUAUGUCUUCACUGGUGAAAGAACUGAACUCAGAAGCCGGGAGUGAGACAGAGAGUAAUGUGGACUCUGAGUUUGGUCGAACCCAUUUUGAUGAUCUUGUUCCAUCACCAACUUCUGAAAAGGCUUUCCUUGCACAGAUCCAUGCCCGGAAGCCAGGAUACCUUCACAGCGCAGCAGCCAGUGGGACCAUUCGCAGUGAUAUGGUUACAGAAGAUGGAGACCCCUACGUCAGAGCAGAUGAGGAAAACUAUGAAAAUGAUUCUGUACGCCAGCUCGAGAAUGAGCUCAAGAUGGAGGAAUAUUUGAAACAAAAGCUACAGGAUGAAGCAUAUCAGGUCAGCUUGCAAGGAUGAGUACUCUAUCCUUGUAUCACUCUCCUCUGAAACAAGCUACAGUCAAACAGACAAUGGAAGCAACGUGAGAACUGACAAGGAGGAGAGCUGUACUCCCACUGCUGACAGAGAGAGCUUGCCUGCCAACUUCACAGAAGAUGCGCAACAACAAGAGCAACACCUCUGACAUCAGAUCAACCAACUCGUUUUUGAAGACUGUAGCACAUUACUUUUAUUCUACAAGUUGUAGUUUGUAGAUGUUUGUUUUGAUGUUCUAUGUGCUUAAACCCCAUCAGUUUUGGUGGGAUUAAGGUUCAUAAUCAGAUGCAGAUUGGCAGCCUUAGAUUGCAAUUUGUUUUACAGUCUUUCUGCAAAAACGGAGAAAGACUUGUGCAAAAUGCACUAAGAGUAUCUCUAUGAUUUAGGGCUACUACAUAACUUAGGAAUGUUUUCUUUUGAAGUAAUCUAACAAAUCAGCCAUACAAGUUUGUGUAAAUAUUUUCUUUCCAAAUAGAUAUCAUAUACAAAAGGCAACAUUCAAAUGAUAUAGAAUCUAGUUUUUAAAAUCAGCACAGAUCUUCUUAAAACUGUGAACUAUGUUUUGAAAUACUCGUUGCUAAAGCUGUUUAUAAACCACAGGUGCCAUAAGAUCCCUAAACUGACUCACGUUAUGUAUACUCUUCCAUGGUAUUGUUUUAUUGCUGUUUUAUAGCUUUAGUAAGCAUGUGUUCCUUCACUUUUCUCCAUUCUUCAUAUACUGUUUGUUGAGGCCUUCAGCUUUAAAUGUACAGGCUUUAAAAGUGCGCUUGCAACUAUUAUCUUUUAUUUCUGAAUGUGCGUUGCCUUAGCCAGCCACCAGAUGUUCUGCAUGCAUUCUUGGAAAUGUGUAGUGAGACUUUCUUUCAGGCAGAAUGGGGAAUUAGCUGUCUAUGAAAAGCACAGGAAAGAAGUGUGUCCAUUAAAAAAAAGAAUUACAAAGGUGUCCCUUUAACAUCCUGUUUCAAUUAUGAUGGGGGAAAACAGAGAGGUUUUUUAUGUUAGGGUUAUAAAAAGGCAAAUAACGUUGUAAUGAGAUUUCCCACCCACUGCUAUACUGUGAAUUAACUAGUAACAUCGACACCAAAUCUCUUUUCGCUUAGAACAAAAUGGAAAUGUCCAGGGACCCACUAAAGUACUUCAUUCAUGGUGCAAGUAUCAGAACUCCAAGCAUCUAUUUAGAGCAGGUUCUCCGGUUUAACAGACGCAGUAUAGAAAGAGUGCUGUUGAGAACAAAUAUAUUUAACUUCAGUUAAGCUAGUCCCAAAGAGUUUGCAUAUCAUUUGUCUGAAUUAGAAAUUUACCCUUUCUGCUAAUUCUUCUUGGGAUGAGCAUCUGGUAAAAAUCUUAUAUUCAGUAAUUACUGCUACUUUUUACAUAUGCACAAAAUCAUUUGCUGCUCCUGGCCAUCUUCCUCCUUGUGUGCGUUUCAACAUUAUCUCUGAGGGGUCAAACUCAUGCAUUUCAGACCACUGGAGAAAAUAAAAUAUGUUUCCAUAGCGACACCUCCCACCCCACCUUUGCAAUAACUAACCUUUACUGCUGUGAUAUCUGCCAGCCGGCAAGGUAGGCACUAUACAUAACCUGUGACAGCUUACCUCUCCUACACCCUUCUCUCAGGAACCAGCUUCUCUCUCCUAGUGCCUAGCACUCAGCAAAUAACACUUACUACAGUAGAUUGGCAUAUGUUGCUGAUAGCUCAGGAUAACAGUCAGGCAUUUCCUGAAGAGAGACAAAAUGGACAAAACCACAACCACACCUGAAUGACCAAAUCUAGCCACAGAACUAAAUGUGGAGUAAUAACCAUGUUGCUUUAACACCAACGUUUGUUUACAUGCCCACACUGCAUCUAGGGCCCAUGUCUCUGUCUAGCCAUUUCCAGAGCUAUGUAGCACUAUGGAAAAUCUCCACCCAACAACUCAUGCAUUAUUCCCUUAAGCCUCAUUUUGGCUCAAAAUCCCAAGCAGAGCUCUAGGUGGCCUCAAAUUCUGGAACUCCAGAUAAAGCACUUUUUUUUUUAGAAAAAAAAUGUGUCUCUCCUGAAACAAAACCUAGUUUUACCACAUCAUCCAGCUGCUAAGAUGGUUAUGACUCAGACUCAUGCUCUUCCCCAAUCUCUGUGCUGUAUACGGUGGGGAAAAGGAAAUGUGCUUUUGCUCCCUACCUACCUGACAUGACUGCCCCACCCCUGAAGCCAACAAUCUAUGCAUGGACAUUAUAUUUGAAUGGGAUUAUAUGCAUAUAAAAGCCCAUGCACACAGACCCAGAUUACGUGCUGGAAUUCAUUUCUGGCAUAAACCAUGUUCAGGUCUGUACAUGUUGGAUUUUAUGUGCUUAAGACCUACACAAGCAGUACACAAUAUGAUGUGGCUGUUAAGGGGAGACAUGGUAGACAGGACACAUGUAGGAAAGAGAUUAGGGAAGUGCAUCCUGCAAACUGGAUCUGUGUUUUAGCCCACUUUGUCCUUGUUUGUUUGUUAAAAUGUGUUGGGUUGUGAACAUUAAAGUUAUUGAAUUGGUUGAAUUGGCCUCUUGUGUGUCUUUAUGGCCAACAACUGCAGCCAAAAACUCUUUGUGGAUUGUCAGUGGAAAGGUAGUUAAGGGGCAAGAAUCAGAAUGUGAAGAAUUGGGUUCUUGAAUGUGGAAAGGAAAGAUGGAGAAUAGAUUCUCUGUAAGUAAUGUUAACUUAAAAACUGCAUUAAAAGGUGUGUGGCCUUUGUUGUGAUAAUAUGUAUUUUCUUAUAUGCAUGAGUAAAAAUGUUACAUCAUUAUUUAGCACAGAUGUCUGCCUUUACUUUAAUCAUCUUCUCCCAUCCUUAUUAGUUUCUUAAAAUUGCUGUAGAUAUAUCUUGUAAAUACUGCAACCUCAGGUUGCUACAGUAACGUUGGUUCAAUUCAGUGCAAGCAGCCUAAAACAACAAGCACUUCGCUGUUUCUGGAGAAGAAAGGGCAUUUUUACUUGCGAACCAAAAAUGUAUGAAGAGUUACAUCUUGAAGCUACUAACUGUCUGACAUUUUUAACUACUGUUAUUUCACACCAGUCCAGACAGACACACAAUAAAAGAUUCACAAUAUUCAUUGGUAUUGUAAACAGAACUAUUAUUGUAUGGGGUUUUUGUAUUGCCGCUAAGUAUUGUUUUGUGUGUGUGUGUGUGUGUGUGUGUUCAAGCCUACUGGGGACAUGUUAUAUUUUGAAGUGAUUAAACUAUUUAAUUGUGUGUCUAUAUUUUGGAAUGGAAUUAUUUCUUCAUUAAAAAAAGAUUUUUAAAAGUAA